UUCCACCUCCAAAUCACCCUCAACCUCCCCCCGGCCCCCGGCCACCAGACCCCAUUAUCCUCCUUCCUCACAACCCCCCCAAUUCCCCAAAAUGGCCGAGCCCCAACCCCCCGACGUCCACGAAGGCGCUUCCACCCCACCCCCACCGACCGGCACGGCCGAAGACCGCAAAGCCGCAGCCGCGCUCUCUUCUCUAGACACGCACGAUGACGACGGCAGCAGCCCGAAGGCGAACACCGAUGCCGCGGCGCUGGGGGAGGCGAUGAAGAAUCUGGGUGUGGGCGAGAAGGCGGAGACGGUGAAGAAGGUGGAGGAGGCGCCGAAGAAGGCGGUUAAGGUGGAUGCGGUGGAUGUGGGAUUGUUGGUUGAGCAAUUGGAGUUGAGCAGGGCGAAGGCGACGGAGCUGCUGAAGGCGCAUGAGGGGGAUGCGGUGAAGGCGAUGACGGCGUUUGUGACGGCGUCUGCAUAGUCGAUGGAACGAGCCGGGGAUGGAAUACAUAUUGUAGAAUUGUUCAGCAUUGCGAUGGCGUUUGGCAUUGGAAAAAAUUAGAUGAGGCACCUCUGAAGGCUGCAUGAGGGUGGAACUAGGACGCCUCAGCUCAUGCCUGAUUUGCGUGUCCAGAUACUUGAUAUCGAAAUGCGAUGUCCAGAUGUAGCUUGACGGACCUCUAACAUUAGCAAGAGUGAAAUCCAUACACCUUAUCUUAGGUCUGAACCCUAUCUGAAGUAUCGAAGGUGCGGCUUUAGAUGUACUCAGGGCUUGCUAUCUGACAUGAAUAUCUAUUUGAA